AUGGAACAGAUGAAAAAUCUUCAAGUUCAUCUGACAUCAUUUAAAGUAGGCAAAUGUAAUGAGCUCAACAUAAGACAAUUAGGCGAACUCAAUCUUCAUGGAGAGCUUUCAAUUUAUGAGUUACAGAAUGUAGUUCAUGGAAUGGAUGCCUUACAAGCCAACUUGAAAGAAAAAAGGUACCUUGAGGAGGUACACUUUGAAUGGAAUGAAGACACUAAUGAUGAUGCUCAAAAUGAAAGGGAUGUGCUAGAGAAGCUCCAACCUCACCAAAACUUGAAGAAACUAUCAGUCGGGUGCUAUGGUGGCACAAGGUUUCCAGAUUGGUUUGCUGAUAACACAUUGUCCAACAUGGUGGAGCUCCGAUUAGAAAGUUGCGAGUAUUGUUUUGUGUUGCCAUCGUUAGGCCUUUGGCCGUCUCUCAAGUCACUAUUCAUUGAAAAGUUGGAUAGCAUUGUGGCUGUUGGGGCUGGAUUUCUUGGAAGUGAUUCUUCUAUUAUUCCAUUUAGAUCUCUUGAAGCCUUAGAGCUUGAGGGAAUGGUGAAUUGGGAGGAAUGGGAUUGUACCACUGCUUCAAGGGCCUUCCCAUGCCUUGAAGAGCUUUGUAUAAGAAAUUGUCCAAAGCUGAAAGAGAAUUUGCCCGAACAACUUCUUUCUUUAGAUGAUCUUGUUAUUGAGGAUUGCCCACAACUUGUAGCUUUGGUUCCACGAGCCCCAACAAUUCAGCGGUUGACUCUUGAGAACUGUGGAAACGUGAGGUUGGAAUAUAUCCCAUCCACUCUAAAAGCACUCCGCUUUCGUGGACCAUGCGUGAACGUGAGUUUGCUUGAAAAGAUUGAGCACACCAUUAAUAACUCCUGUAUUGAACUGGUUUCGAUUUAUGACUGUCCAGAUUGGGAGUUCCCAUUGAAGCAACAUCAUGAAUCACUUCGUGAGAUGCGGUUAUAUAGAAGUUGUGGGUCUCUUGGGACCUUCGCAUUGGGUCAAUUCCCCGCACUUCAGCAUUUGUAUCUCCAUGGGUGUAAUAGUCUUGAAAUGAUCUCUAUCGCAGAGGGGCGCAACCAUGGGAGUCUUACAACUUUGAACAUUACGAAGUGUCCAAAAUUUGUAUCCUUUCCAAAAGAGGGGUAUUCUGCCCCAAGGCUAAAAUAUUGCUACUUUGGAGAUAUGGAGAAUUUGAAAUCCCUACCUGAGCAUAUCAACAUAUUUGCUCCAUCUCUUAGUCAACUAUGUAUAAGAGAUUGUGCACAAAUGGAAUCGUUGCCAGAGGGGGGUCUGCCAUCAAAACUGACGCGUCUUCGUAUCAAUAGAUGCCCCAAACUAUUUACAUGUCGAAUGCAAUGGGGUUUGCACAAUUAUGAUUUUGUACAAGAAUUGCUCAUCUCAGGUGACGAUGUGGUGGAGUCUCUACCUGAACCAGGACUACUCCCAACUUCUCUUACUUCUCUUUGGAUCAGCAACUGUUCCAAUCUCAGAAUAUUGGACUACAAGGCUCUUUGUCAAUCGCCCUCCCUCAAACAUUUGACUAUUGUGAAUUGUCCAAGACUCCAAUGCUUGCCCAAGGAGGGCCUCCCUAGUUCCCUUUCUUCCCUUCAAAUUCAGGGACCCUGUCAGGUGCUUAAACAAAGAUGCCAGAAACCAGAAGGGGAGGAUUGGGAAAAGAUUGCUCACAUCCCUUGUGCUGAUAUUUAUUAG